AUGCCUCCAAGGAUACCUCGAGCUGUCAAGAGUCUGCCGAGGAGUUCAUGGCUUCCAAUUGACAAAUUUUCUCGACAAUUAUGUCCAAUAUGCUCUUUUUCCCGGAAUCGACCCCGGCCAAGCGCAAGACAAUCUACAAAACCACAACAGCUCAACUAUCAACGAAUUGAUCGGCGACGACUGACCAGUGCACAUAUCAGUGCUGCGCCCGAACGUAGGGAGAUUCUAUCACCCCGGGUUCAGCUUCAAGAGGCUCUUAAAGCCCUACAGAAAGAUGCCGCCAACUUUGUCAACAUCUCCAGGUUACAGCUUGCAUUACGCGGACUUCAACAACCAGAAGGCGAGGAGACAAUUCGUGUUGCAAUUUUGGGUCUUCGAGAUGGAGGGGUAUCUUUGCGAAAAGCGAAGCAGCUGGCACGACUGCUGAUUGCGGAUCCGCUAAAACCAGAGGAGGAAUGGGAGCGGACGCUGUUGGAAGAGGACGAUGGUAGUCGUCCCAUUUUACUUCGCGUCGGACACGAUGGAGCAGAAGAAUCUGCAUACAGUAAUCGGAUGGUACAGGAGAUAAAUGUUUCUUCGCCCGCUUUCAAUGGACAUAAGUUGGAGAUACUAGUAUUGGAGACAGAUCUUCCACAGACUACUAUCGGCGAAGGAAGCAGUAUCUUAGAAGCCUUGCUAGUGCCUACGAUGGAAAUACCAGUUUCACGCACAGGAAGGUAUACCCCAAUUACAACUCCCGUGCACAAGUCUUUGGUAGUUGGGAGCGGUAUCUUGGGCGCAGUAUCUGUCUUUUCAAUCGCGACUGAUGGAAAUAUUGUUGGGAAGGAUAUUCUUCAUACAACUGUAGAUAUCAAGCUGGACCCUUCAAGCGACACGAACGUUCCGUUUCAAAACUUGGAUAUCGAUUUGGCUAUCGCUGCUCUCGACUUAUUCCGAGUGAGCAUCGACAAUGCUUUAGAUUACGAGCAUAAGUGGUUUGAUAGUGGUGCGCCAGAGAUCUUGGAAUGGAUGAGGUCAGGGACUUCAUCAAUGGAAGGCGAGAUGAAACCACCUCUUCGAUUGCUAAUCCAGUCUAUGCUGGAAACAACAUCACUCGCAAUUGAGGAAGAGAAGGCACGUCGUUUAAGUGUGGCGCUUGCAUCACGAGUGGCUCACACUAAGCUAGAGCCACUAAUGAAAGGGUUCUCCAAAUGGUCCGAGGAAGCUCACACCGAGCUGCGAGAGCAUCUGGAUAUUGCCUUCGAGGGUAGGAGGUGGAGGAAAUUAGGCUGGUGGAAGCUAUUUUGGAGGGUGGAUGAUGUCUCCAUGAUUGCUACAGACAUUCUCACCAGGAGGUUUCUUACUGAGGCCGAACAAGACCUUAUCUUCUUCGCUGGGCGUCUGGAGGAAGCAGGAGUCUCUAAACGUCUUACUACACGUACCCAACAAAGUCCUUUGCUUAGUCCGGAUGAUCGAAUGAACCCUCAAUCACUUCGGGUGAAGGAUCUCGUGAAAGUCGAGGACGAAAUACGGAAUAUGAAGGAUCAGAAUUGGCCACAAGAUAUUCCAAGCGCUCGAAGUUAUCUUGCCCUUGGCACUGUGCCAGCUUUGCAAGCAUUGGCUCAGAAGCUUGUUCUACAGACCUUGACAACAUCAUCUUUCGUAUCCGGACUCGCUGCUUUGACGUACAUCUCUACGUUAUCAACCGGACUUUAUGAGGCUGGAGCAGUCGCUGCUCUAGGUAUUGUGUACAGCAUGCGAAGAAUGCAAGUCAAGUGGGAAAAUGCUCGCGAGUUCUGGGAGGGUGAGGUGCGUGAAGCAGGAAGGAAGUGUGUGAGAAACGUGGAAAGUGAAGUUGCUGAAAUGCUCAAGAAGUCUGCCAGUCGCGUUGAAGCCUCUAUGGAUGCUGAGCUUGAUAUGGCUGAGAACAAGGCUCGGGAAGUUGAGCUUGUGUUAAAAGCUUGUAAAUAA